CGCUACAAGGACACCGCCGCUUCACAAACACACACACACACGCACACACUCGGUGUGUCGCACUUUACUUGUUAGCUCAGCAGCCGGCCGCCUUACUCACUAUCUUAUCUUUUAUAGAUGAGAUAGAGCCGGCUAAGCUAACUAGCAGCUAACUGUUUUUAGCAGGACUCGCUAGCUUCUCUGGAGUAACCCCUGUGUGAGGACAAGUGGAGCGGGCAGCACCGGACUGCUCCAGCCAUGGUGUUCAUCCAGAGCUACUGUGAAGCCAACUCCUCCAUCUCCCACACCUGGGUGGAGCAGGGCAUCUCCCCCUGCUUCUACUUCACCCUCGUCCCCUCCAUCCUGGUCUCCCUCUCCUUCUUCCUCGGCACCAUCCACUGCGUGUUCUACAAGAAAUAUGGCACGGCCAUGGAACCCAAGUUCAUCCCGCGCACCUGCCUCUACGGCUUCCAGCUGGCCGUGUCCGUCCUCCUGGUGGUCCAGUUCCUGGGGGGGAUGGUGUGGCAGGCGGCCGCCGGGGGGGAGCUCCCGGGCUACGUGUUGCUCUAUGGCUGCUUCUCGGCGCUGGCCUGGGCCUGGGCCAUCAGCCUGCUCCGGGUGGAGAGACGCAGGGUCCUGGUGAUGGACCGGACCCGGGGCCACAGCGCCUUCCUGCUCAUGUUCUGGGCUUUGACCUUCGCGUCGGAGAACCUGGCGUUCGUGUCCUGGUACAGUCCUCACUGGUGGUGGGGGCUGGAGAACAGGGACCAGCAGGUGCAGUUUGCCCUGUGGCUGAUUCGCUACACGUGCACCGGGCUGCUCUUCCUCAUUGGUCUCAAAGCGCCCGGGUUGCCACGGAAACCGUACAUGCUCCUGAUAAACGAGGAUGAGCGGGACGUGGAGCACAGCAGCCAGAGUCUCUUGGGCAGAGCCGAGGAGAACGAGUCCACCUGGCAGGGCUUCAGACAGAAGGUCCGUCUGCUCGUCCCCUACUUGUGGCCCAAGGGCAACAUCGUCCUCCAGCUGCUGGUCGUCUUCUGUCUGGUGCUGCUGGCAGUCGAGAGGGCCAUCAAUGUCUUCGUACCCAUUUACUACAAGAACAUCGUCAAUGACCUAACCGGGGGCAGAAGCUGGCCCACUGUGGCCACUACAGUGGGCAUUUAUGUCCUGCUCAAGUUCCUGCAGGGUGGAGGGGCAGGUGCCUCUGGGUUUGUCAGCAACAUGCGCUCGUUCCUGUGGAUCCGCGUGCAGCAGUUCACCAACCGCGUGGUUCAGGUGCAUUUGUUCGCCCACCUGCACUCGCUCUCCCUGCGCUGGCAUCUGGGCCGCAAGACCGGGGACGUGCUGCGGAGCAUGGACCGCGGCACCUCCUCCAUCAACAGCCUGCUCAGCUACUUAGUCUUCAGCAUCUUCCCGACCAUCGCCGACAUCGUCAUCUCCAUCGUCUACUUCAUCACAUAUUUCAACGCCUGGUUUGGCCUUAUUGUCUUCGUCUGCAUGGCCUUGUACCUCACUUUGACCAUCAUCAUCACCGAGUGGAGGACAAAGUUCAGACGAGACAUGAAUCUGCAGGACAACAACGCCAAGUCCAAGGCUGUUGACUCCUUGUUAAACUUUGAGACGGUGAAAUACUACAAUGCAGAGAACUAUGAGGUUGCCCGUUUUGAAGAUUUCAUCCUAAAAUAUCAGGCGUCUGAGUGGAAGACCCAGGCGUCUCUAGCCUUCCUCAACCAGACGCAGAACCUCAUCAUCGGCUCCGGGCUGCUGGCCGGCUCCCUGCUCUGUGCCUACUUCGUGACUGAAGGAAAGUUUCAGGUUGGAGACUUUGUUCUCUUUGGGACCUACAUCAUCCAGCUGUACACCCCCCUCAACUGGUUUGGAACCUACUACAGAGUGAUCCAGAAUUCUUUCAUCGACAUGGAAAACAUGAUUAAACUGUUUGAAGAAGAGGAAGAGGUGAAAGACGAAGUUAACGCCGGGAAUCUUCUCUACGAACUGGGAAAAGUGGAGUUCGAGAACGUUCACUUCAGCUACAUCGACGGCAAGGAGAUUCUCAACGACGUUUCCUUCACUGUGCUGCCGGGACAAACCGUCGCUCUGGUCGGACCGUCAGGCUCCGGGAAGAGCACCAUCAUCCGACUGCUCUUCCGUUUCUAUGACGUUAACGGAGGCUGCAUUCGCAUCGAUGGCCAGGAUAUCUCCAAGGUGAAGCAGACGUCUCUGCGGGCUCAUAUCGGCGUCGUUCCCCAGGACACGGUGCUUUUCAACUCCAACAUCCGGGAUAAUAUUCGCUACGGGCGAAUCUCUGCCAGCGACCAGGAGGUGGAGGACGCUGCUCUCGCUGCGGACAUCCACGAAAAGAUCGUGACCUUCCCUGAAGGUUAUGAUACCCAGGUGGGGGAGCGAGGUCUGAAGCUGAGUGGAGGAGAGAAGCAGAGGGUGGCCAUCGCCAGGACCAUCCUCAAAGCGCCGCAGAUCAUCCUGCUGGACGAGGCCACAUCGGCACUGGACACACAAACAGAACGCAACAUCCAGGCGUCACUGGCUAAAGUCUGUGCCAAUCGCACAACAGUUGUUGUCGCUCACAGGUUGUCGACCAUCAUCGGCGCAGACCAGAUCCUUGUUAUAAGUGACGGUCGGAUUGCAGAGAGAGGAGGACACGAUGAGCUGCUGCUGAAGGGCGGCUUGUACGCAGACAUGUGGAUGAACCAGCAGCAGGCGCAGGACACCGAUUCCUCAUCCGACACCGAAGCCAAAGAUCGGCAAUCGGAGAAACUGCAGCCGCCGUCGACCUCUUCAGGCCACCACGACCACUGAAUGUAUUUUAUAGGAGAGAACGCUACAUUUAAACUCUCGUAGGUGAUUUCAAUGUGAGAGGAAACUCCGCUAUAGAGGAAAAACGCUAUUUAUUUGUAGAAUUAUUCAUGCUGCAUGUGCACUGGCAGAUCAGGGAGAAAAGGGAAGGUGCCUUAACAAAGGGCUGAAAUGAAUCGGAGGACUCAGAUUAGUUGUUUCCCCCUCAAUGGUAUUAGUUAUGUUGGUGCUCAAGAUUUUUUUAUGUUGGAAGUGGAGCGGAAAUGUCAAGUUAUUACCACGAAAAUAAAAAAACAGAUGUAGAUACUCAUUUUUAGAAUGUUUCGAGCCAUAAUCACUUUGCUGCAGGGUUACGAGUGAAAUGUGUUAUUACAUGUUUAUAGUCUGAGGAUAUUCUCUUUAGAAGCUCUCAUACCAACUUUUUUAAUGUCAUGUUGUUUUGAUGUUUUUAUAUUGAAAAGGCUUUGAAAUGUCUUAUUAUUUAAAAAUAGAAAAGGCAAAAUUGCACAAAAAACAAGGGAGUGAAUGAUUUCUGUAAAAAACGAUGUCAGGGAUCGUUUUCCGCUUUGUUUGUUUUUUAUGUUGUUGGUGUUCGGUUGUCAGUUUAUGAGCUUUACUGUUAUUUAAAGUGAUAUUUUUAAUCUGUACGCCUCUGUAUACUUUGGAUCACUACGAUAAAAUGAAUUGUCGAUGAUCUAGAUAUGUCAUUGAUAUCCGAAUUUAAAAGUAAAACAUAAAAAGAUCUUCAGCUUCAUUUACAUAUGAAGCUGUUCAGUCCAUGUCUGCCUGUCGUUGGCAGUUAAAGACAAUUCUCUUUUCUCCUGGCAGGUGUUUGACUUUGUGUGAGGAUGUAACGGAAUGGAAUCGGUCAUUUCUACGCUUUUAUAUACAUGUAUAAACAAUCAUAUACAUUAUUUCUGCAUUAACUGUGACGUCUACCUCACAACGUUUUUCUUUUCUUUCACUUGGGGACAAUAAAAGUUUUAAUCCGA